CUGGGUUGUUCCUUGCUAUCAAACACUGAAAGAUGCUGGAUCUCUGUACUGUCCUGACCAAAGGCGGCUAUGUACUAUGGCAAAAGAAUUAUACUCAUAUCAAUGGAGCGCCCGUGGAUGCUUUGAUCCGAGAUGUUCUCAUUGAAGAGCGCGCAGGCAUAACAUCCUACAACAAGGAUUCAUACGCUUUGAAGUGGACUUUCCUGAACGAAAAGGAGCUCGUGUUUGUGAUUGCCUACCAGAGCUUCUUGCAGCUAACUUAUGUAGAUGAGCUGUUGGAGACUACCAAGCGAUUGUUUUCAACCACUUUUUCGGAACAGCUAGAUUCCAGCGAUGUAGUUGGUGGAGAUUAUAGCUCGUUUGAUCCCCUGUUUGAUCGUGCUUGGAAGACUUUGGAGGAGAAAUAUUCAAAGAGCAAACAAAAGGUUCCCAGAAAGUUUGAAGAUACAAAGAAGUUUGAGAACACCUUGAACGGAUCCAAAGCUAAACCAGCUGUAAAGGAGCCCUCGGUCGAAGAUGAAAUUGCAAAGAACAUACAGGCAAUGAAUUUGGCGGGUAGUCCAAGAUCUGGAGCCCGAGGUCCUGGUGGCAGACGAAAUGUCAAAUCACCAAAAGGUUCUCCAGUACCGUCACCAAAUAUGGCUUCCGAUCCUGCGGCUGGCAAAAAGAAAAAAUCACAAAAAGUCAUGCGUACUUGGGAAGGAAAGGUCGCAAAGGGUGAAAUGGAGGCGCUGGAUUACAGCAAGAAGUUGGAUGGCCAAGAACACGAGGAUGCAACUUUGGCGAACGCCGAAAGCUUGGUCGAUCGUUCAAAGAUGGGCAACGUUGUAGAUGGAUAUUAUGAAGUUCAAGAUGUCGACUACGGCGAUGAAGACGAGGAUGACAUAUUUGAUGAAGAGGAUGGCGAGCUAGUAUCAAAGCCAACUGCAAAAUCAUCCGGUGUAUUCGGUUUCUUCAAGAACUUAACCGGCCAACGUGAAAUAGAUGCUGCUACAUUAGAGCCAGUUUUACAAAAGAUGAAGACCCAUCUUAUUGACAAGAACGUUGCAAGCAACAUUUCCCAACAUCUUUGUGACAGUGUUCAGUCUAGUCUACUGGGCAAGAAGCUUGGCACCUUUGGAAGUGUAUCUACACUGGUCAAGGACAACAUGGAAACCGCUUUGAAGCGCAUUUUGACUCCCAAGACAUCUGUUGAUAUUCUUCGUGAUAUAGAACAGGCUAAGGCUCGAUCAAGAGCUUAUAGCAUCACAUUCAUUGGUGUGAAUGGCGUUGGCAAGUCAACCAAUUUGAGUAAAGUGUGCUUCUGGCUCCUUCAAAACAACUACCGUGUCCUCAUCGCUGCUUGUGAUACUUUCCGUAGCGGUGCAGUAGAGCAAUUGCGUGUUCAUGCAAGAAACUUGAAGGCAUUGCAAAGUAGCCACUCUGUUGGUGAGGUGGAGCUAUUUGAGCGUGGUUAUGGAAAAGAUGCUGCUGGCAUUGCUCAAGACGCUAUUACUUAUGCUAACAAUAAUGACUUUGAUGUCGUUCUUAUUGACACGGCUGGUCGUAUGCAAGAUAACGAGCCUUUGAUGCGAUCAUUAGCCAAGUUAGUGGCUGUCAACAAUCCCGACAAGAUCAUCUUUGUGGGAGAAGCUCUAGUUGGCAAUGAAGCUGUUGAUCAGCUUACGAAGUUUAAUCAGGCGCUCAAGGAUUUCUCAGGACUUCAGAACCCUCGCCAUAUCGAUGGCAUGAUUCUUACGAAGUUUGACACAAUUGAUGAUAAGGUUGGCGCCGCAUUGUCUAUGACAUAUACUACAGGACAGCCCAUCUAUUUUGUAGGCACGGGUCAGACGUACACAGAUUUGAAAAAUCUCAAAGUGAGCCAUGUCGUUCAAAGUUUGCUAAAGAACUGAGAUACCAGCAGUUCAUACCAAUUUAAUUCCAUAUUGUACAUACGCGUUGCAAUGUAA